UUAGAAGCCUUGGGAAACCUUAAGCCUAGCUAAAAAUUGGAGAUUCUGUUGGAGAAAGGUCAAUUGGACAUUUUGGCUUGUAUCCAAACAAGGACACAGCUAAGCUAAUUAGGUUUUCUCUUUCUAAACUGGGCAGAAACCUGGCACUUUAUCGUGGGAAGGUAUAUGAAAACACUCACUAGUCUGAAGACCAGCCCACCCCUAGAGCUCUGGAGGAGUCUGCAAAACCUUCAGGCUCAGCCACCUUGGGGCAGCAGCACUAGUUUACUGGUUCUUCUUGGAGACCUGGCUAUUUGGGGGGUUUGAAGUGAUUUCGGGAUUGAAAUUCCAUUUUUCUUUAUUCCGAGGUGCAGUCUGGAACAAACAUCCCUGGUUAUCGGAAGUAAACUGAGAUCACCUCUGUGCAGGCCAGGAAGGAUCACUUUUUGCUGACUCAGACCUUCUCCAUGCUGGAAACCCAAAAGAAAAUGGCAUGACUGCUGUGCUGCUGACCUCUGGGUCCCAAGAACUGAUGGUCAGGGAUAUGGCCGAGGCUUUCACCCAGUGGAGGCAGCUGAACUCUCCUCAGGGAGAUGUGCCUGAGAAGCCUAGGAAUCUGGUCUUGCUGGGGCUUCCAAUUUCCACACCUGAUGUCAUCUCUCAGUUGGAGCAUGAGGAGGAGCUGGAGAGAGAAGUCUCAAAAGCAGCCAGUCCAGACUGGGAAAUGAUACCAGAAAGCAAGGAGCUAACUCCAGAGAAGGAGAUUUCUGAAGAAGAAUCAGCCCCUGGGGUGUUAAUCGUAAGAUUUUCAAAGGAAGGUUCCAGUGAAUGUGAGGAUUCUUUAAAGAGUCAGCAGGAAAACCAUGAGAAACAUUUAAUACAAGAGGCUAUCACUCAGAAAUCUUCUAGAGGGAGAAGUUACCAAUUUGAUGAAUUUAGAAGAAAUUGCACUCGGAGGUCCUUACUUGUUCAGCAGCAAGGAAAGAGACUACAUCAUUGUGAUUCAUUUAAAAAUAACUUAAAACAAAACUCAGAUAUAAUUAGGCAUGGGAGAAUUUGUGCAGGAAAGAAACCUUGGAAAUGUAAUGAGUGUGAGAAAGCCUUCAGUUACUACUCAGCUUUUGUCUUGCAUCAGAGAAUUCAUACCGGAGAAAAACCCUAUGAAUGUAAUGAAUGUGGUAAAACCUUUAGCCAGAGCAUACACCUUACUCUGCACCAGAGAAUUCAUACUGGAGAGAAACCCUAUGAAUGUCAUGAAUGUGGGAAAGCCUUUAGUCAUCGCUCAGCCCUUAUUCGGCAUCAUAUAAUUCAUACUGGAGAAAAACCCUAUGAAUGCAAUGAAUGUGGGAAGGCCUUUAAUCAGAGUUCAUACCUCACUCAACAUCAGCGAAUUCAUACUGGAGAGAAACCUUAUGAGUGUAAUGAAUGUGGGAAGGCUUUUAGCCAAAGCACAUUUCUUACCCAGCAUCAGGUCAUUCACACUGGAGAGAAACCUUAUAAGUGUAAUGAAUGUGGCAAAGCCUUUAGUGAUCGGUCAGGUCUUAUUCAGCACCAGAGAACUCAUACUGGGGAGCGGCCCUAUGAAUGUAACGAAUGUGGGAAAGCCUUUGGCUACUGCUCAGCCCUAACUCAGCACCAGAGAACUCACACUGGGGAGAAACCAUAUAAAUGCAAUGAUUGUGCCAAAGCCUUCAGUGACCGCUCAGCCCUUAUUCGUCAUCAGAGAACACACACUGGAGAGAAACCUUACAAAUGUAAAGAUUGUGGAAAAGCAUUCAGCCAGAGCUCAUCUCUUACAAAGCAUCAGAAAACUCACACUGGAGAAAAGCCCUACAAGUGUAAGGAAUGUGGAAAAGCCUUCAGCCAGAGUUCAUCCCUCUCUCAACAUCAGAAAACUCAUGCUGGAGGGAAAACCAAGGAAUAUGUCCAAGCUUUUAGUGAGCAUUUAGCCUUUGGCCAACUCAAGAGAAUUCAUACUGGAUAAAGACCAUGUAAAUGUGGUUUACAUUCAGAGCAUACUUUUUGAGCAUUUACCAUACUUGCUGUGGGAGUCUACAAAGAAAUUCAAGUCUGUGUUGCAACAAAAAAUAUUGACAAAUCAUUGCUGAUGUGGGAUGUAGCAUAAUUAGACUGUGAAAGUAUAGUUUUAUAUUUUUAAAAGUGUUCUGGCAGAGGACACUGAAUUUCCCUCAGGAAAGAGAAAAAUUAUGUGUAACAUCCUAAUGUGUAUGUAAAUUACCAUAGCCUUGGGAGAGAAAUGGGGUGUGGCAUGGUGGAAAGGGGACAUCUUGACUGUGCCAGGUGUUUUCAUAAUACUAAGAAUAUAAGUUUUAAAGAGAUAAGUGAUCUUUUUAGAGAAGUUGCACAGGUAGAAAUAAGAGAUUGAGAAUUCACAAUGAGUUUGUCCAGAGUCAGGAGUGGUGGAAGAAGGGAAGUUGUCCUUCAUUCUUGAGCCAAAGGAAGUAGAGGGAAAGGAUAGAAAAAAAGACCUGGGGGAACGAACUCAAGAAAUGUUGACUAUGAUAACUACUUAACUGAAUAUUCACAGCCAUGAAAAAUAUUAGACUUGCUAAUUGGUCAGCUGAAAAGUUUCUGUGAGGGUAACUUUACCCUGCAGCUAAGGAAUGUUGGCUGCAGGAUAAUGCAGGGUGUUUGCUUCUGCCCUUUUUGUCUUUCAGACCUUGCUUAUUGAGACAUCACCUACUAUAAAUCAUGUUAAUUCCAAGGGUCAAGACCCACAGCAUAGAAUAUUGAGUACAGAAGAGACCUUUGAUGUGUUCAAACUGUUUUAAGGUAUCUGAGUUGCC